GGGCGGGGCCCCCGGGGCGUCUCGUGCGGGGUGGUGCGGCGCGGAGUGUUUGCGUAGCGCGAGACGGUGUUUUUGUUGUGCUGAUCAGCUGAAUGUGGGAUCGCAGUUGCACUUUGACAGGGAAGAGGGAAAGCCCCCCGACCGUCCCGAUCUGCCUCCCAGCGGCGCUGCGAGCGAAGGAGCCGCGCACACCGUCACAUUCCCGGGGAGAUGCGCUCCGCCGCCGGUCUGCCACUAUGGGAUAAAUGGCUGCAGUUCUCUCCACACUGUCAGGUGUAACUAAGACUGAAUCCACGCCCUUCAGUGCUGCCGCUGAAGAGAGGUGUGCUGUGAAGACUCCCGUUCCAGUACAGAACACUGAAAAGACUAAAGGAUCUGUCUCAGCAGUGCAGUUGUUGACUCUAUGCUUUCCACAGUAGCCUGACCACUGAGGACCAGAGACGGGCGUGAGGAAGGGGCGGAGAAUCUCCCCAGCCAAUCAGCCAGCAGGGGGCAGUCUGUGGCCCUCUGAGCGACAGCCAGGAUGGGAGGGGCCAAUGCUGGGCCACAUUUAAUAAUCUGUCCCACCCCAAUGGUGUUUUGACCCGAACCAUUAAAAAAUAAAAUUGAAAUUAAUUUAAAAAUCGCACCUGUGAGAGAACAGACUCUGAUCCUGGAACUAAACCUCAGCGGCUUCUCACAUCCCUCCCCCCCCCCCCCCCUCCUGAUGACGUCAUUUUGGGGGGGAGUGGCUAAGUGGCUGACCUGGGCAGAAGUGCUCCCAUGAGGAAGCCGCCUCCCCCCCCCUCUAUGGAGGCCCAGUGCAGCCAAUCGGCUGGAGGGGAGGGGUCGGGCAGGCAGGACCCGCCUCCAGCGCAGCCCUCGGGCCCAGCCCCGGAGGCCCCGCCCCCUUCCCGCCCCCCCCACGGCCGUCAGCACCCCCACCGCCAUCCCAAACGGCUCCUGCAGCCGGCUUCGUCCGCCGCGGGGGCGGAGCCUGGGGCGGGGUGGCAGCAGAUGGACACGCCAGGACCCUCGGGGGGGGCCCCUCCCUCCUCCUCCCCUGCCCCACCCCCAUCGCGCCGCCGCUCGCCCCUCCCCCGACCUGGCCAGGAGCCCCAGGAGGGCGGGGCCGGGCCCCCGGGCGGCCCCUCGCGGCGGGAACGCAAGCCCCCGAAACCGGGGAAGUACGUGUGCUCGUACUGCGGGCGCCCCUGCGCCAAGCCCAGCGUCCUGCAGAAGCACAUCCGGUCCCACACGGGGGAGCGCCCGUACCCCUGCACCCCCUGCGGCUUCUCCUUCAAAACCAAGAGCAACCUGUACAAGCACCGCAAGUCGCACGCCCACCGCAUCAAGGCCGGCCUGGCCUGCGCCCGCUCCGAGGAGCCCGAGGAGCCCACCGAGGGCGAGAGCACCGACUCCGAGGAGGAGACGGGCCAGCACGCGCCUCCCCCCACCUCCUGCGCCUCCUCCUCCGCCCUGGAGAAGCAGAGGAGCAGAGGGGGCGGGGCCGAGCCGGCGGCGGGGGCGGAGGAUUCGCACGCGGUGAAGCAGCGGCUGGCCAUGCGGCUGAGCGAGAGGAAGCGGCUCCCCGCCGUCUCCCCCGACGACGCCCCCUCCCCCUCCUCCUCGCUGGGGCCCGGCAGCAGCAAGGGCAGCACCGAGUCCGGCUACUUCUCCCGCUCCGGCAGCGCCGAGCUGUCCCAGGUCAGCCCGCCCAACGCCAGCGCCAAGACCUACGCCGAGAUCAUCCUGGGGAAGUACGGUCGCCUGGGGCAACAGCAGCGGCCGCCCCGCCCUGCCGCCGGCUCCGCGCUGGGCGACGGCGUGCCCUUCUGCGUGCCGAAGACGCAGGUGAUCGAGCACAUCACCAAGCUCAUCACCAUCAACGAGGCGGUGGUGGACACCAGCGAGAUCGACAGCGUGAAGCCCCGCCGCUCGUCCCUGUCCCGCCGCUGCAGCGGCGAGGCCGCCAAGUUCCCCGCGCUCAAGGACCCCUACGCCUGCUUCCCGCCCCGGAAGGGCGACCCGCCGGGUCCCAGCGCCGCCAGCGGCGCCCCCUUCAGCCUGGGAGGCUACCCCAAGCCGGACCCCGUGGCGCCCCUCCUGCGGAGCCAGUCCAUGCCUUCCUCGGCCGGGCCCUCCUCCUCUUCCUCGUCCCGCAGGAACAUGCGGCUCAGCCAGUCGUUCGACGAGCAGCAGGCCGCGGCGGCCGAGCAGCGGACGGGGCCUCACCAGCGCAUGCUGAGGCGCCAACCCGCCAUCGAGGUCCCGCUGGGGGCGGAGUUCAUCCCUGAGGAGGCUGGCCCCUCCUCCUUCUCCUCGUCCUGCUCUGCCACAGCGCCCCCUGAUGGCCGGACCCCGCCAGCGCAGGCGCACCGGCGAGGCCCGCGGACUCACGAGUGCGAGGCUUGCGGCGCUCGCUACAAGAAGCGCGAGAGCUACGAGACGCACCGCCGCUGCUUCUGCACCGGCCGCCCCCCCCAGGACCCCGGCCGCCCCCCCCAGGACCCCGCCCGGCCCCCCCAGGACCCCUCCGCCCCCCCCGGGACGGGCCAGGCUGCUGGGACGCACCGCGAGGACCGGCCGCAGAUGAUGCACUAUAAGUUCCGCGCCAUGGCGAUGGCCGUGCGCAAGCGGCGGAAAGAGGAAAGUCUGGAGGAGGACCCCCCCAGCCCGGGACCUGCCGCUGUCACCUUCCCCCCCAGCCCGGGACCUGCCGCUGUCACCUUCCCCCCCAGCCCGGGACCUGCCGCUCAUCCCCACCCCCACCACCAGCGCAAGAGCACCUGGAAGGAGAUUUCCGUCAUCCAGCAUACCAGCUCCUUUGAGAAGCAGGAGGGCGUGGUCGCCAUGGAGAAGGAGGAGGGGCUGGUCACCACGACAACCUCAUCAUCACUGCCCAGAGAGGACGUCCAACUGCCAAAACCGCCACAGACUGCCCAGCAGCAGUCCCCCUCCCAGCAGCAGCCCCCAAAACCGCACCCCUUCUCCCGCCUGGUCCGCCAGCACAACAUCCAGGUACCUGAGAUCCUGGUGACCGAGGAGCCAGAUGCUGACAUGGUGCUGGCAUCGCCCCCGGCAACCACAUCCUCAUCCUCAGCUAAGGAACCAGAGAAGGUGGAGGAGUUCCAGUGGCCGCAGCGGAGUGUGAGUUUGGCGCAGCUGCCGGCGGAGAAGCUCCCGCCGAAGAAGAAGCGGCUGCGGCUGGCGGAGGCGGCGCAGUCGUCGGGGGAGUCGAGCUUCGAGUCGGCGUCGCUCCCGCGCAGCCCGAGCCAGGAGAGCAGCGUGUCGCACGCCUCCAGCCGCUCCGCCUCCUUCGAGGAGUCCGGCAAGACGGACGCCGAGAUGCCGCCGGCCGCCGCGGGGGCCCACAUGCUCACCGUCCCGCCCGGGCCCCACCCGCACCGCGAGAUGCGCCGCUCGGCCUCGGAGCAGGCCCCGCCCGGCGCCCAGCCCCCCGCCCAGAUGGCCGAGGCGCGCAGCAAGUCCUUCGACUACGGCUGCCUGUCCCCCGCCCGCAGCGCCGCCGCCUGGAAGGAGAGGCGCAAGUGCCUGCUGGUGAAGCACGCCACCCUGGGGGAGCCCGACCAGGACGAGCCCCCCCCGAACUCGGGCACAACCCCGCAGGCUGGCCAGGCCCACCCCAGCCCCCACCCCAGCCCCCACCGUGAAUCUGGCUCCUCGUCCAGACCCAGCCCAGAACCUUCCAGAACUUCCCCGUCCCCAGGCCCCCCCCACCUCUCGCCGUCGGGGUACCCCCUGACCCCGCCGGGUGGCGAGGGGUACCUCCGGGGGAAGAUGUUUCCGGCCGCGGGUCUCCGGACCCUCCUGCCCCCCUCCUCUCCUGCCCCGCCCCUCCACCCCGCCCAGCUCCGCCUGGCCGAACGCCUGGGACUCCCGCUGCAGACCUUCCCCCCUGCCCCCCUGCUGGGGUACGCCUCGGGGGCAGCACAGGCACUCUACCUGCCCCUGCCCAGCGGCCUCGCCCUCCAGGUACCCCCCGACCCCGCCUCACAGGGCUCCAAACCCUCCACCUCACAGAGCCCCCCUGCUCGCCUCCCCCUCCCGCGCCACGCCCUCCCCCUCACCCUGCCCCUCCCCCUCCCCCUGCCCCUCCCUGUGAUCUCCCCGUGUCCACUGCAGCUGGCCCCCGUGGUGUCCCUGGUGGUGCCGGUCCGGCUGCAGACGCUCGUCCCCACCUACGCCAGAGCCGUGUACACCACGCUGUCCCAGAUCCUGCCCCCCGGCCCUGCCCGCACCCCGCCCAUCUGCUGCACUGCAUCCUGGGUAGUCAUGAGCAGGCUGGAGGGGGACAAGAAGAGCAGGAGCCCCUACCUGAAGGUGCCGACGCCCGACUUCAAGAGCCGCCUGCCUGCCAGCCUGCCCCUGGGGGGCGGGGCGGGGCCGGAGGAGGGGGGCGGGGGCGGGUCGGGCGUGGGCGGGAGCAAGCGCGUGCUCUCCCCGGCCGGCAGCCUGGAGCUGAGCGCGGAGGCGCAGAGGCAGCAGAAACGAGUGAAGGAGGAGGAAGAGGAGGAGGGAGGCGAUGAAGGGAGCACUGCGGGAGGAAGGGCAAAGGAGAAGGGCGAGGCUGAGGUCACCACGGAGACCGUCGCCAUGGCGCAAGAGGCCGAGGCACCAACCUGGGAGGCGAAGGAGGAGGAAGAGGAGGAGGCGGAAGAGGAGGCAGAGAGGAAGGAGGUGGUCCCAGAGCGAGCUGAACUCCUCAAGGGCAAAGAAAAGGAGGAGGAAGAGGAGGAAGAAGGCCAAAGGACAAAGAGCCCCACCUACCCAACCCUCAGCACCACCACCUCCGUCAGCUGGUGCUACCUGAACUACGUGAAGCCCAACCCCUCCCCCCAGCAGGACCCCCGAGCCUCCGUGUACGCCUCCUGGUCUGUCAGCGUGCACAAUCCCAACCUGCCCGGCCUGUCCACUAGGGCGGCGCUCUCCCUGCUGCACUCCAAGCAGAAACACACCCCCGAAACCUACACCAUGGCAACCGCACCACACCCCACCACUGGCGGGCUGGUCCCAGCCAGCUCCAGCAAGCCCCGCAUGUCUGAGGUACGCUCCACCCCCCCCAGCACCCCCGUCAAAGUGAAGGAAGCACCUCCGCCCCAGAAGGAGGAGGAGGAGGAGGAAGAGGAAGAGGAAGAGAAACGAGAGGAAGAGGCGCCCUCCACCUCCAAACGCAGCGAGCCGUCCCGCAUUCGCAUCUUCGAGGGCGGGUAUAAGUCUAAUGAGGAGUGUGUGUGUGUGUGUGUGUUACCCUGCUGCAGGUAUAAGUCUAAUGAGGAGUAUGUGUACGUGCGGGGUCGUGGUCGGGGGAAGUAUGUCUGUGAGGAGUGUGGGAUUCGCUGUAAGAAGCCCAGCAUGCUGAAGAAGCACAUUCGCACCCACACCGACGUGCGGCCAUACGUGUGCAAGCACUGCAACUUCGCCUUCAAAACCAAAGGGAACCUCACCAAACACAUGAAGUCCAAGGCCCAUGGCAAGAAGUGCCAGGAGGCCUCUCCCCUCGACCAGCAGGAGCCAGAGGAAGGAGGUGGCGAUGAGGAGCGCUUGGGCGGGUCAGAGGAUCAGGAAGAGCACCAGUUCUCAGACAUCGACGAUUCAGAAGAUGACGAUGACAACGAGGAAGAGGAAGAGGAGGAAUCUUCGUCCCACGAUGAGCCGUCCUCCUCCUGCUCCCCUGACACCCGUCUCUCCAGUGGGGGGCGCUCUGACAGUGGGCAGCCGUCCCAGCGGAGCACCCCAGACCCCCACCCCACCGCCCCCCAGGACAGAGAGCCGGGCCCCAGCCAGCAGGACUACCCGUCGCCCCAGCUUCGGCCCAGCAGCCGCACGGCUUCCUCCGGCAGCAAGAGGGCGCUGUUCUCCCGCCAGCACUGGGAGGGCUCCCCCCAGGCCUUCUCCCCCAGCAGCGAGGGGUCCCCCCUGCGCCACCCGUCCCCUGGGCGUGGCCUGUCGCCGGGGCGUGGCCAGUCUCCAGGGCGUGGCCUGUCUCCGGGGCGUGGCCUGUCGCCGGGGCGUGGCCAGUCGCCGGGGCGUGGCCUGUCGCCGGGGCGUGGCCAGUCUCCGGGGCGUGGCCUGUCGCCGGGGCGUGGCCAGUCGCCGGGGCGUGGCCUGUCGCCGGGGCGUGGCCUGUCUCCGGGACAGGACUCCUCCCCCCUCCGCUGCCUCACCCCCCGGCUGGAUCUCUCCUCCCCUCUCCGCUGCCUCACCCCGUCCCCCGAACGAGGCCUGUCCCCCCUCAGAUUGCUGUCCCCCGCCUGCUACCCCAGCCCCCGCGCCCCGCCCUCCCCCGUCCCGCCCGGAGCCCUGCCGAGAGUGCGCGCGUUCCCCGUCCCAUCGCCAGGGACCUCAUUCAGCACCGAGACCCCCCUGGGCAGGCCGGAGAAGCAGGAGUGGAGCAGCUUCCUGCAGGAGGGGGUGAUCUUUUCGGACGCCUGCCCGCCCCCUCCGGCGCUGAGGCUCUCCGCCUCUCCUGGCGAGUUGGCGGGACAGCCCCCCCCGGCUGGGACGGUGGACCUCCUGUUCAGCCACCUCCCCCUGCACUCCCAGCGCCAGGCCCGCUCCCCCUACGUCAUGAUCCCCAUCGGGGGCAUCCAGAUGGUGCAGCCAUGGCCCCUCCCCAAACCCGCCCACAGCCCCGCCCCCACCCCCACCACCACCCUCUGGACCGAGGCCACCUCCCGCCCCCUCGAAAAGAAAGGGGGCGUGUCUCCAGGGCCUAGUGGGCGGGGCACUCUCCAGGACUACAGGGUACAGGAGGAAGAAGCGGGAACCAGCCAAUCAGGACUCAGUGUGGGAAGGUACCGCGCCCCCCCAAAAAAACAGGUUUCCCAGACGUGGGGGGAGGACCCCCCAGGCACGGGCAUUAAGCAAUAUGGCAGCUCUGGCACUUCCUGUUCGUCCGGCACUUCGGCCUCGGAGACGACUGGCAGCUCUGGCCCCGCCCCCAGCCAGCAGGCUCCUCCCACACACAGGACUAGACCGCUGUCUGAUAGGGAAGGACCCCCUGGGGGGCGGGGCAGGAGGCGGGGCUCUGAACAUGCUGGGGGAGGAGCCGAAGGCAGGGGCGUGGCCGCUGCGCGGAAACACAAAGACAGCAAAACAGGAAGUGCUUAACAGUCUCCGCCCCCGAUUCUGCACGACAGAGUCACUGACGCUUUUUCUUAUUAUCGCUCUCUUCGUUCUCGAUGUUUUGUAUGGUUCCGUUUUUAUACUAUUUCCAACACUAUUGUUUACUUACAUGUUUGUUUUCUUCGCUCUUGCAAUAUAUAUAUAUAUAUAUAGAAUUGGAAUAAGAUGCACCUUUUUGACAAUAAUAUAUCUGUCCCUUAUCUACUGUUAUUUAUCUUGCUCUUGAUCUUCGUAUCUAUUGGAAUAUACAUGUAUGAUGAUUAUAGAUAUAUUUGUAAAUGACCAAAAUCCGUACUGAAAAACAAUAAUUCCCAAUUUGUUUUGUCCAGUAUUCCUUACAGUGUAGUUGACUGUGCCUUUUCUGUCGGAAGUAUGUUGCUAGAAGUAUAGAAAAAAAGUUAAAAAGGCUGUGAAUUUUUUUUGAAUAUGUUUUUUGUUUUGUUUUGGAGCUGAGCUGGAAGGUGCGAGCGAAGGCUGGACUUUCAGUUUACGGCCGUUUUAAAGUCAGGGUAAGAAAGCAGCGGGUAAAGCGAGGAUGAGGAGGAGAGGAAGGAGCCGGGCGAUUUGCACGGAAAUGCACUGAAGUCAUAUUUUUUAUAUAAUAAAUAUGUAGAUCUUAUGUGCGUGUACAGAAGAAAGAAGUAUAUGGUCUGUAUUUAUUGCUACAUUUAAUGAUAAAAAAAUGCUUCUUUUA